UGGGGGCGGGAGAGGAGGGGCAGGAUGGUGAGGUUUCUCUUGGCUGUCAGAGCAGGGCUGGUAAUCGCCUCAUAGUCAUGUUGUCGGCCACUCACAGUGCAGUCUGACUCUCACGGGCCCCGAAACUACACCCUCCCCACAUGCGUGUCAGUUGGCGAGCAUGUCUGUGCCCUGUGCAGCCCUGCCUGCAGCCGCUGCCCGCCCUGGAGCAGGCCUUACCGUGGCCGAGGCAGGCCGGGGCGGGGCUCACGCAGCACCUCCCUUCGACGUGAUCUGCUGGGUGACUGCAGCCCCGUAAGUGAGGUCGGGCCCAGGGCAGAGUCGUGAGCAGUAAAUGCAACCCGUGUGUGAUGUGUCCUGUCCCCUAGAGGCCUUCUGGAAGCUCACUCGGCCAGGCUCUGUGUAAAGUUUGUUUAUUCCACAUAAAACCCUAAGAAUGUGGGUGAACCUGUCUAAGACCAGAUCAGAACCAAUUUCAAGUAGUGAAGCCUUGGUGAGAAGUCGGGCUGGCCCUCUGCCGGUGGUCGCAGUGACGAGCUGCCUUUAGCGUGAGGGUCCGAGUGGGGUGAUGGCACUGCUUUGAUGGUGUCGGUUUCUCAAAGGCCUCGCUGUGUCUGCCCGCCCCCCAGAGCGUGCACUUGGUUUCCCGUGGAGCGUUCAUCCGGGCAGCAAUGAAGUGGGACCAGGCGCGCUUCCCCCUGCGGGACAACGCUGACCCUGUUGUCAUCUCGUGUUUGUGAUGUGCCAGCUGGUUUACUGUAGUUGUCACCACCUUGAACUGCGCGGAGUGGUGGAGAGGCCUCCCGGGCUAGGCCAGGCUAGCUGGGGUCUGGUGUGCACCACGGUGCCCACCUCCUGGGCCCUGCAGCCUGAACCCACUGCUGGUUCCACGCUUCCCUCAGUGGCUCUGCCACCCCUUUCCUCGCUGUCCUGGCACCUGCGUGGCCUUCGGGAAUGCGGGUCGGUGCCGAGUCUGGUGUUUCUACGAUGUUCCGGAUCACCUACCCCUUCCUUGGCUCCCUUAGGGACAGUGCUGACGCCUGGGUCCCUGCUGCUGCAGCCCUCUGUGGUCCAGAGGGACCAGAGUUGGCGAGGCGCUGGUCAGAGCGUUGGCCAGCCUGGGCCAACUCAAGCCGGUAUCCCGGCUGGGAGUGCGUGGGGCGGGGCGGGUGUGCAGCCCUGACUGCUGGGCCCCACCCUGAAGGGCGGAGAAGGCGCUGGCCUGGUGCGACAGACUGUGCAGGCUGGCUGCCAGGUGUGCGGGGCCUGGCAGGCAGCGCGUGUGGGCCCCAGGGGCCCCGACUGAGUGCACCCUCUCCCUGCAACGGGCUGACCCAUGAGGCGCACAGGAAGGAGGUGGAGCAGGUGUACCUGCGCUGCUCGGCGGGCUCCGUGGAGUGGCUUUACCCGACAGGGGCGCUCAUCGUCAACCUGCGGCCUAACUCCGCCCCCUCCCGGCACCUGACCGUGUGCAUCAAGCCCUUCAGGGACUCCUCUGGGGCCAAUAUUUAUUUGGAAAAAACUGGAGAGCUGAGACUGCUGGUGCGGGACGGAGACCUCGGGCCCAGCCGGGUUCAGUGCUUCGGCCUGGAGCGGGGUGGCCUGUUCGUGGAAGCCACGCCCCAGCAGGACAUCAGAAGGAGGAGACAAGACGGCCUCAUUGCCCCAUCCCUUGAAAACCUGCUGCUGUGGGUGAACGGGCAGAGCCCCCUGCUGCCGCGUCCCUCGGGAUCUCAGGGCCUGGGUGCAGGCUUUGGAGGGUCUGUGCACGGUCCAGACCCACAGGCCCCUCUGAGCUCCUUUGCUGGGGCCGAGGAGCUAGGGGGAAGCACUGGCCGGCGCCCAGGGCUCCCGUGCCACUGUGCCCAGGUGGGUCUGCACUGGCUCCAGGCAGAUGGCGGCUUCGCUGUCAACCAGGCUGAGCUCAGCUGUGCUCUCUCCCCAGCCCCGUGCCGCCCUUGCAGUGACACCGAGGUCCUCUUGGCCGUCUGCACCAGCGACUUUGUUGUCCGGGGCUCCAUCCAGGACGUCACCCAUGAGCCAGAGCAACAGGAGUCGGCCAUCCAGCUGCGUGUGAGCAGGGUCUACCGGCAGAAGAGCAGGGUGUUCCAGCCCGGGCCCCGGGGCGGCCACUGGCAGGGCCACGUCACGACGCUACUGGAGUGUGGUGUGCGGCCGGGGCGUGGCGACUUCCUCUUCACUGGCCACAUGCACUUUGGGGAGGCCCGGCUUGGCUGUGCCCCACGCUUCCAGGACUUCCAAAGGGUGUACAGGGACGCCGAGGAGAGGGGGCUGAACCCCUGUGAGAUUGGUGCGGAGUGAGCCAGGCGGCCUGGGCACUGCCCCUGCCCUGAGAGCCACCGUGGGCUGUAGGGGUGAAUGAGCCCUGGCGUGGCCGCAUGCCAGGACACACACCCAUGGGCACCUGUCGGCCUGGCCCAGGGCUCAGCUGGGGCGGUCCCACCCACAGACCCAGACGAGGGCACCCUGACUGACUGAAAAGACUGUAAAACCCAAACUAAGUUAUUAUGUUCUUUUGUAAAAAAGAAAGGUGCAGAGGGAACAAACUCCUGUCCCUUAAAAUCGAGUCCUGCUUCUCA